UCUAAUGGUACCGAUUCGUAAUUGAAUGGAUAAGAUGGAUGAAAAUGGCAUGUGAGGUGUUGUUAAAUUUCAGUGAAAUGUUUGGUUACACCAGCCACCUAGGAUGGGAGGCUGCAUAGGUAUAACGAGGGCAAGGAACGCCUCCGUUGACGAUACUACAGGAAAUUCUACGAGAGUAAAUUCAGGAAAUUCAAGAAAAAAUCAUCCGUUAUGUCAUGAAGUAAUCAGGUGGAAAUCAGAUGUACCAUUGACAGAGGGACAACUGAGAAGUAAAAGAGACGAAUUUUGGGAUACAGCUCCUGCAUUUGAUGGACGCAAAGAAAUAUGGGAUGCUUUAAGGGCUGGAGCAAUCGCAGCAGAAGCACAGGAUUAUCAGUUAGCACAGGCUAUAUUAGAUGGAGCUAAUAUUUCUGUGCCAAAUGGCUUCUUAACAGAAUGUUAUGAUGAAUUGGGAACUAGAUAUCAGGUUCCUAUUUAUUGCUUAUCAUAUCCAAUUAAUAUCGUGAAGGAGGAUAGUGGAAGAGACUCUCCUGCUGAUUGUUCAGAACCCAUUGAUAGUGGCGUUGAACAGACAUUAAAACUCAGAUUAUCAACUACAUUAGGCGAAGUUAAAUUGCCUGUUUAUAGUAAAGAUACUAUUGCAGUUGCUAAGAAAAAAUUACAGAGUCAAGAAGGUUUAGAACCAUCACGUCAAAGGUGGUUCUUUGGUGGAAAGUUAUUAGGUGAUAAAAUGCAUGUAGAAGAAGCAAAGAUACAACCAGGUUAUGUAAUACAAGUAAUUGUAAAUCCAGAAAAAUUGGAUGACAGUCCAGUGAAAACAAGUUGAACUAAUGUUAUACAAGAUAUACGUUGCAUUAAACCAUAUUUUCUGAUGAGCACAUUCUUACACAUACCCGAAUCAAAAGAAACACAUGCUGCUAAUUAAAAAUAAAUUACUACAAAGAUCUAAUUGCAAUCAAUUUUAAGUUUAACAUCUAUGAAGGAAAAACAAAAAUUGGCUAAAACAGGAAUGUUGUUAAACUUACUUGUUACUACCAACGAAGGUGCUGGUGCUGUAACACUUGAAAAACAAAGUAUACACGUAGAAAAUUAUUUAUGCUGCUUAUUAAACCAUGUUGCAUAAUUAUGUAAGAAGUAAGUCAUACACUUAACAAAAUUAUAACAAUAAUAAUAAUAAUAAUAAUAAUAAUAAUAAGAGAAUUACGUAAAUAUUGAAUAUAAAAACACAAUGGACAAUAGUGAAAAAAGGAACAAAGUAUAUACCGCUUGUUACGAUAUAUUUUCAUUCUUUUUUUCCAAUCCAUUUCAUCUUCAAAGAUUUUUAAAUUUCUAAUAAUUACGGUUUUAUUAAGGAGCAGUUACUAAUGUCUUUUGUUAUACUUCUCAAUAAUAUAUAUAUAUAUAUAUAGGUUUUUGACAUUUUUUUUUUUGUCAGUUCUCUAAAUUUUUGUGAAUGUAUUAUGGAUGUUUAUAGGAUGUAAGUUUGCAUUGUUUGAUAAAAAUAUGUCUUUGGUCUAUUAAAGGCCUAAAGUUUACGAUUCCUUCCUAUAAGUACUAAUAAGAUAUUGUAUUGUAAGAUCUAUACAGUUGAAUGAUGCACAGAGGAAAAACCAUAAGACUAAUAUUGAAUUACAUGUGGCGCAGAAUUUAUAAUUUUUAUACAAUUUUAUCAGUAUGAUCACUUUCACAUUCGUGUUAUUUGUGCUUACGAUAAAAUUAUCAACACAGUGAAAAUAAGUACUACUAAUUUAAUUUAAUGGCACUUAAUUCUUACUUCUGUCCCACAUGUUGCAUUAAAAGAUGGUCUAAAAUAUAAUUAUACAAAAUGACAUAUUAUAAGUGUGAAUUUCUUGAUUAUACUAACACAACAGUGAUAAAAUUUGUUUACAUAUACAUUGAUCAUAAAAUUAUAAUAUAUAAUAUUGCGUGUGCGUGUAUGUUUAAUACAUAAUACAUAGAAUAUAUCGGUAUGAAGAUGUAUACGUUGGUUCCACUAUUCUCAAUUUGAGUGUCUAAACAAAAGUAUUUAAUCUUAUAAAAAUAACUUAUUUAUAAAUUGGAUAAUUACGCGCAAAUUAAAAUAAUACAUUAAUUCGGAAGCAAUUGUUAAAAGUACGAAGAUCAAAGUGUAUGAAAUUCUGUUCAUAUAAAAAAGAAAAAGAAACAAAAUUUUUAUAUUAUCUAUUAUAAAUUUUUCUGAUACACUACUAUAAAGCAAUGCAACUAAGUGUUGAACUUGUUUUGAAUUCAUAAAUUUAAGAGUUUUAUAUAUACCAUUCUUGUAUCUUUAUUGUGUUCACAAACUAUGGCUCCUUUACACAAAGAAACGAAUGUUUUAUUACAGUAAUAUGUAAUGAUGCAUUAAUGACAUGCAAUCAAAUGGUAUUUUGGUUUCUUUUGCCACAUGAUUUCUUUGGUGAAGCAGUAACGUUAUUUAAAGUAUUAUUUUACGCGUUCUUUAAGUCCAUAAUACACCAAUGGGAAUGGUAAUACCGCAUUUAUGGAAAAACAUUCGUUACCAGAAACUAAGUAAGACAUAAGAUCCCUCGAAUGACAAAUUCUAUCAGACUGAUAUUAAUUUUGCAAUAUAGGAUUUGGGUUAUCUGCAAUAUACUGAAAGAGACUGCAUUUUAAGUUCGUUUUGAUUGAUAUUCAAACAGUAUGGAAAGAUUAUUUUGUGUAUAGUAUAAAUUAAAUUGUAUGUUUUUUCGUGCAUGUUCAUACAAAGAUUUUUAAUAUAAAUGUUGCGUUUCUCUUAAGUGAUAUGAUUUUUAUAUGUAUGAGUGAUAAAAUACAUUUUUCUUUAAUACUCAUGUCCAUGUAAUAUUAAACAAGAAAUGUGAUGCGGCGCGAUUGCUAUAUUACAAAGUGAAAAUAUGACGAGU